GUGGGCGGGUCCUCGCCCCUCCCCGAAGUGGCCAGGACCUGUGCUGUUGGUGCGGGCCGGCGAUUCCCACGUGGUGCGGUGACUCGCGGUUGUAGCCUCCGGUCCUCUCUAACUUCCCCGGCCUGUGUGCCCGCUGCCUGCAGAGAUGCCGAAGAUCAAGUCAGGGGCGAGCGGCCGGUGCCGCGAACGGCAACAACAACGCCGGGAGCUGAAGAGCGGAGGAGGACUCACGUUCAACACGGGGAUUGGGCAGCACGUUUUGAAAAAUCCUCUCAUUGUUAACAGCAUUAUCGAUAAGGCUGCCUUAAGACCAACGGAUGUGGUGCUGGAAGUUGGACCUGGAACUGGCAAUAUGACUGUAAAGUUGCUAGAAAAGGCAAAAAAGGUAAUCGCCUGUGAACUUGACCUAAGGCUAGUAGCUGAACUUCACAAAAGAGUUCAGGGCACGCCUCUGGCCAGCAAACUUCAAGUAAUGGUGGGUGAUGUGUUGAAAACAGAUUUGCCAUUUUUUGAUGCUUGUGUGGCAAAUUUGCCUUAUCAGAUCUCUUCUCCUUUUGUCUUCAAGCUGUUGCUGCACCGACCUUUUUUCAGAUGUGCUGUACUUAUGUUUCAAAGAGAAUUUGCUCUCCGACUGGUUGCAAAACCUGGAGAUAAGUUAUACUGCAGACUGUCAAUUAAUACACAGCUAUUAGCACGUGUGGACCAUCUAAUGAAAGUUGGAAAGAAUAACUUCAGACCACCACCCAAGGUGGAAUCCAGUGUUGUAAGGAUAGAACCUAAGAAUCCACCACCACCUAUCAAUUUUCAGGAAUGGGAUGGCCUAGUAAGGAUCACCUUUGUUAGGAAAAACAAGACACUGUCUGCUGCAUUUAAGUCAAGUGCAGUGCAACAGCUACUGGAAAAAAACUACAGAAUUCACUGUUCGGUCCAUAAUAUUGUAAGCAGAAAAUGUUUCUGUUGUUUCAAUAAUUUGUUGUGUUUUAAAAUGUCCCUCUAUUUCCUAUUCUGUUUCAUAUAUCAUUACAAGAUUCUUAAUUUUGAACAUUCCAUAGGAUCCUUAAAAGACAGUAUGUCAUGUCUAACUAGCACUAGAAUUUGAAUUCUAACAGGUCAGUGCUGCUAUGUAUUUUGCAGAACAUAUCUGAACACCCUUGAAUACUCCAUCCUCUUUUACUGAGUUUUUUUUUUUUUUUUGCCAUAAAAAGAUUCAGUUGAAUCAUAAUUUUCUCAAAGUUUUAAGCUUGUGUAACUUACUCAGCUUAAAAUAAUUGUGUACCAUGUGCUAGCCUUUGAAUUGUGGCCGUCCCUUCUUGCUUGUUGCUUACAUAGCAAUUACAAAUUUAAAGUUACUAUUUUCUCAAUCACUUUUUUUUAAUACCCAGAAGUUGAAAUAAUUAGAACAAAGUAUGAGAUAAAUAGCAGAUUUCUGGUUGUGAACCUCAUGUCUCUUUAUUAUCUGUGCAACAUUUUAACUAGCUGUGUGUGUGAGCACACAUAGACAUAUCCAUAUAUAAUGACUGUGAUGUUUGAUAACUUUUUAGUUCUUUCAAGCUAAUUAAACGGAGCAGACAGAUAAAAGCAAAUUUCCUUUGUAUUUUUUUAUUCAGAUCUUACAUGGUUUAAUGUACCACAUUGCUACCUCCAUUUUAUGAAUAAAGUCAUUGAACAUCUACCUACAUAGGAAAUGUUACGCUGGAUUAAGAGAAGUUUUUAGAUGAAAGAUGUAAAGUAUGACAUAUUCUCAAGGGUUGGAGAGGCCAUCUAUGAGAAAAACUUAACUAGCUGGUAAAAUGAAAUUUGUGCCAAGAAUAUGUUACUUUUAAAGAAGCAGCAAUUGCUGUAAAAUUUAUUUUGUAGCUUUAGUUAUUUUAUGUGUUAUGAAGUACUUUGUGACGCCUGAAACAACUAUUUCAGAAUUUCUAAGAAGAAAAAGGGCAAUAUACAUGAUUUAAUUCAUUCAAGGUCUUCUAUGUAUUUGGUAUGUGCUAAAAAAUCAACCACUUAACUAAUGAGAGAUCCAAGUCUUAAUCUGCACAAACAGGCUUUCCAAAACUAUCAUGAACAGAUAAGGUGACUGUUUAUGACUUACUGAACUAAAAAAAAAAAAAAAAAAAA